AAGGUCAAGGAUAUAGAAGAGAGACAGUAAAUCUAAGCCAAGAACAAACAUAAUGAAAAUGAAACAUUUAUUACCAGUUAUUUUUGUCAUACUUCUGAGCUGUCAAACAGGCUAUGCUCUGCAGUGUUACACGUGUGACGUAGGACUAUGCGAUACAAAUUCUACAAUUGUGACAUGCCAGUCAGGAGCUGUCUGCGGAAAACUGACUUCAAGUGGAUAUAGUGCAAAGGUGUGCGCUCCAACAUCUAUAUGUGAUACUACGGUUUCCGGUAUACGUACGUACUGCUGCUCCACCGACCUCUGUAACUCGGCUGUAUCUGCCAAGGUGUCUUUUGUCACCGUUAUUGCCGCCCUUGUGGCCCUGCGGAUGACCAAGCAAUAACGCUCAUGAAGAAUAUCUCCACCAGCUUAAUGAAGGAACAUCUGAGACCGGAGAAAGUCCAUUUUUAAACCAUGUUCUCCUAAUCAUUUGUAUAGUCUACCUCUUGCUACCUUCCUUCCCCUAUAGAGCACAUACCUGUUGUUACACAAUGACUGUCCACCCCCACUUUCUGUUUUUUAUACACACACGUACAGACAAGGGAUGACUUUGGUCUUGGUGGGAAAUGAAAAUAAAUGGGCUUUUUGCACAAGAAACACACAGAUCUCUAUGUAACUGGUCCUUUUACAUUGCUCAAUGUGAGAAAGGGAAUGACCGGCGUAAGCUACUGUACACAUGAGUUAUGACAUCAUAUAUUCUCAUAUAUUCAGGCGCCCAUACAUCGCUACCCUCGUAUUGCACAUAACUCAUUCCUACCAAUGGAAAGGAUGGGCUUGAACUUAGCUGUAUCUGCCAGAAUGUAUUUUGUCACUGUUAUUGCGGCCGUUGUAUUCCCACAUGUGACUUAGCAGAGAAGCUCAAAAAGCACCUUACCCAGCUUAAUGAUGGGUCUGGGAACUGAGAAAGGAUAUACCUUAUGAAACUUAAACAUUUGCCAUUCAUACAAUCCAACUUUCCCAAAUACAGCAGGUGCCUAUUCUCCCCCGUAGACCAACUACCACCUCUUACAGAUUCUUAUACAUACCUUUAUACUCAUCAGAAUAUUCUUUAU